AUGGCUUUAGAAGAUUUAAUCAGUCCUAUAAUCUCUAAAGAAUGCUUUUAUAAGUUUACAAAAGAAGGAGAUUUAUUUGAUGGUCCAUGUUUUAAAGCAACUAUUAGUAAGUUAUUAGGAUAUGGAAUAGUUAUUGGCUCUUCACUUGUUAAAAUUCCACAAGUAAUAAAAGUUGCAAAAUGUAAAAAUUCAUUUGGUUUGAGUAUACUUUCAAUUUUACUUGAAAUGAUCUCUUUAACAUCUGUAAGCGCUUACUCAUUUGCUAAUGGAUUCCCGUUCAGUGCUUAUGGAGAAGGAGUCUUUUUAGGUAUACAAAAUUUCCUCUUGGCUAUUAUGGCAAUAACUUGGACAUAUUCACAUAUUAAAGCUGUCCUAUUCUCUUGUGCUUAUAUAGCAUGUGUAGCUGUUCUUUUGUCUCCAACACUUCCAUUAUCAAUAUUGAUACUAUUUCAAACAGUUAAUCUUCCAAUUAUGUUAUCAUCUAAGAUUGCUCAAAUAUGGACAAAUUAUUGUAAUGGGAGUACAGGUCAAUUAUCAGCUAUUACAUUGUUCCUAUUUGCUUUAGGUUCAACUGCACGUAUAUUUACAUCAAUUCAAGAAACUGGUGAUAAUCUAAUGAUUAUAUCAUGUAUAUUAGCUAGUCUAUGUAAUUACAUAUUAAUGGGUCAAUUAGUCUAUUAUUGGAAUGUAUCAUCUGUUUCUAAAAUUGACCACCACCACCACCAACAACAACAAUAUUCAACACGAAGAGUUAAAGUGAAUUAGUUCUAUGUUCUUUUUAUUGUUACUAUGUUAUCGUUAUUCUUUUGUAUAUGGAUUUGUAAUACGAACACAUUAUUCCAUGUAUUGUUUCAAC